GUCAUCACUUAACAAAUACAACUGCUCAAACCCUCCUCGUCAAUGGCUUUUACUUCCCAUUUGGCCAUCUGGGUCCCAUUUUUAUUUACCAUUUCUUCCUUCCUCAGCCCCUGUACAGCCACCAUGCGCAAGCUCUCAGCUUUAGUGCAGCAACAGCCGCUUGUGCUCAAUUACCACAAAGGUCCACUCCUUAAGGGGAACCUCGCCGUCAAUAUCGUAUGGUACGGCAAGUUCUCCCCCAGCCAACGGUCCAUACUAGUCGACUUUGUUCAGUCUCUGAGCUCCGGCCAGCGCACCUCACAGCCCUCCGUCUCGUCGUGGUGGCAGACUACUGGAGGAUACAAAGGAGGCCCCUCUACCCCCACCGUAGGGAAUCAAAUCCUGGACGAAACUUACUCUCUCGGAAAAGUACUCACAGAUCAAAAACUCGUAGCUCUGGCAGCCAAAGCAUCAAAAGGCCAAAACGCAGCGAUUAACGUCGUUUUGACCGGUGCCGACGUGACAGUUGACGGGUUCUGUAGCAGCCGCUGCGGCUCCCACGGAUCGGGAAUUGAGGGGAGAAAGACGGGCAAGCUGGCUUACGCUUGGGUGGGCAACCCGGCGAGCCAGUGUCCGGGUCAGUGCGCAUGGCCAUUUCACCAGCCAAUUUACGGGCCGCAGACGCCUCCGUUAGUUCCUCCAAACGGCGAUGUGGGGAUCGACGGAAUGGUUAUCAGUUUGGCUACGGUUUUGGCGGGAGCCGUGACAAACCCGUUUGAAAACGGAUAUUUUCAGGGAUCAAAAGACGCGCCUUUGGAGGCUGUGAGCGCGUGCACGGGUAUAUUUGGGAAGGGGGCUUACCCGGGUUAUCCUGGAGACGUUAUUCGGGACAAAACGACGGGAGUUAGCUACAAUGCGUUUGGGGUACGUGGACGCAAAUAUUUGCUCCCGGCGAUGUGGGACCCACAGACCUCCACGUGCAAAACACUCGUUUGAGACGUGUGCGUGUCGCUAGAACACUUUCAUGAAGUUGUGAGAGUUACACUACAAAGUAUUUUGUUGAAAAAAAUAAAUCAUGUAAAUUUGUAUAGUAUGCACAUUUCGGAGGUUGUUUGGUAUAUAUCAAAUAAUUUAUUGUAAUUUGGAAAAAUUGGAGUAAAAUUAAGAAAUAUCUCAAAAGUA